AUGCGCGCUGCCAUUCUUUUAACCGGCAUUUUGUCCAGCACUGUCCUUGGUGCAGACUAUCUUCUAGCUUCUCCCUAUUUCGGCGCCGAUAAAUACUUUGGCCUCCUACUAGAUCCUCAUGGUGGCUCCAUUGUCUUAGCCCAGAAUGACGGAGGCAAAAGUGGCAACGACAAUUCAAGCAGUAUCAGUCUCCAAGGAGGCUCACUUAUUCUUAGCCAAACCUACGAUUAUAUACCCCGAGUUGUGCAGGUAGCAGUUACGAAUACCUCCGAACUUGUGAUUGCCGAUGGUGGCUUUGCAAAUCCUCCUUAUGUUGAAUUCAGCUUCACUUCAAACGGGACUUUGGUGUAUGGCGAUGACAAACAAGAUGGAUUCUGUGAGAAGGGCGAUGCUGGCCAGGGGGAGGCCAAUCUCUACUUGGCGCCAAAAGGGUUCGAGUGCAACGACAUCGGUCGUUAUACAUUCACACGAGUUCAAAGAGAUUUUUGA